AUGUACAGUCUGAUCGCAGUUGUGCUGCUUGUAAUCGUGGCCGGAGCUGUUGGUGGUGGUGUAGGAGGUGCUCUCGGAUCGCGCAACAGCACUGCCAGCUCGACGUCAACAACACCGAUCAGCUCAACGACCAGCACCACGAGCGGUAGAACGGACUCCGCGCCUUCGGCUACCCUUCAGUCCGUGAACAUUUCGACUUCGACCAUCGUUGCCGGCCCGUCUCAAACAGUCUAUCGCGACUGCCCCUCUUCGAACGACACCAUCUACGCUGUCCAAGGAAGUGGAGGUGCAGCGCCUCUACUUUUCCACAAGGCUUGUGGGUACUCGUUCAAAGGUCGAAUCGCCGAAACACGAUCUUUCGUACAGAUCAACCAGCAAGCGAAGAGCCUCGACGAGUGCAUCGGCCUGGCCGUUGCACAGAACACUCUCAACGCAACAUCCAUCGCUCGAGGAGAUAUCGCGCCGUGCAACACAGUUUGCUGGCGCAAUGGUUCGCCGGGAGACGAUUUCCCGUUUCAAUGUUUCGGAGAACACAUCACGAACUCUACCGACGGGUUCAAGCAAGGCGUGGAAGCGAUCUGCGACUCUGCGGUGUGGAUCAACGAGUAG